GUAGAGUGUUACAUCAGCGAAUGAUUUACAGAUUUAAUGUGAUCAUUGUAUGGUUAAGAAUUUUAAUCGUGAGAAAUUACACAGAAAUAUAGAAAAUUCUUUAUAACGCAUAUUACUUUCAUUAAAGUGAAACAAAUUCACCGUAAAAUGCAAAAGACAUUUAUCUUUCACUAAUGAACAUAUAAUCACAUUAGAACGCAAAAAUAACAUACUGUAAGAGGUUAUGACGUUAUUUCUCACUGCAUAUCCGUACGUCAAAGUUAAUAAAUGAUAUCGUAUGUCAGAAGUUGUACAAAGCCGAUUUUUUCCAACAAUAAGUUUAUUUUAAAUUCUGGAAGAAUAUUUUAUACCACCAUGGUUAAAUACUUAAAACAACAGGAAAGUAUCAAUAUAGAUAAAGAUUUAUUUGAUAAAUACAAGUUCAGCGUAGAUCAGUUAAUGGAAUUAGCUGGACAGAGUUGUGCAUUCGCUAUUGCUCAUAGUUACCCAUCAUUAAAAAGUUCUGAGCAAAAAAUUUUAGUCUGUUGUGGACCAGGAAAUAAUGGUGGUGAUGGACUUGUUUGCGCUAGACAUCUGAAACAAUUUGGAUAUAAACCAGAGAUUUAUUAUCCUAAAAGGACAAAUAAUACAUUGUACAACAAUUUGUUACAUCAAUGCAUUGAAAAUGAUAUUCCCUUAAUAGAGAAUGACUUGGAAAAUUUUGCUUCAACACAAUUGUGCCAGUUUGGUCUCAUAGUAGAUGCUUUAUUUGGAUUUAGUUUUAAACCACCUGUUAGAGAAGCAUUUAUUCCUAUUAUUCAUCUGUUAGAGAACACAGCAAUUCCCAUCUGUAGUAUAGAUAUACCAUCAGGUUGGGAUGUUGAAAAUGGACCACCUACGAAUGGUGGAAUAAAGCCAGAAAUGUUAGUGUCAUUAACAGCACCAAAAAUGUGUGCUCAACAGUUUAAAGGGAAGUAUCAUUAUUUAGGUGGACGAUUUGUACCUAAAAAAUUGGAAAGAGAGUAUAAUCUCAAUUUACCUGAAUAUCAAGGAACUGAUCUGAUUGUUCCUUUGCAUUAAACUAAAAUUAUAUACUACAUUAAAGUCUUAUAAUAAUGCUGUAAUUAUUCAUUAAUAUUCAGUACACUAUGUAAUAUUUAAAAAGUAUGGAUAAAAUGUUUUUGUUAUUUUA